AUGGGUCAAAUUGCCACUUCAUUAAGUCAAAGUGAGCCACAGAAUCAAGGAAAAUUACCUUCACAGCCUGUUCAGAAUCCAAGGGAAAAUGCUAAUGCCAUCACAUUAAGAGAUGGCAAGACUUAUGAUCCACCUACUAUUCCAUCAAGUUCAAAUGAUGCACCAUUACCUCCUACCCAAUCCGCCCAACAAGACAAAGAUGAAACCCCAACCACAACACCCAAACCUAAACCAACUAUUCCCACUUAUGUCACUACUCCUCCAUUUCCUAGUUGUUUGAGAAAGACAAAGAUAAAUGAAGCUGAACAGGAAAUACUAGAGACUUUUUGCAAGGUUGAGGAGUUAUGCACCGAUAAGAGGAAGCUAAAAGGGAAUGACAAGGUGAGUGUGGGGGAAAUUUUUUCGGUGGUUCUUCUAAAGAAACUUCCACCAAAGUGUAAGGAUCCUGACACCUUCACUAUUCCUUGCACUAUUGGCAAUAAAAGGACUGAAAGAUGUAUGUUAGAUUUGGGUGCUUCAAUCAAUGUAAUGUCUUACUCUAUUUACACCUCUUUGAAUUUGGGACCACUUGAAGAAACAUGGGUGAACAUACAAUUAGAGGAUCGUUCUAAUGCCUAUCCAAGGGGAUUAGUAGAUGAUGUAUUGGUUAAAGUAAAUGAAUUGGUUUUUCUGGCAGACUUUUACAUUCUUGAUAUGGAAGAUGACUCAGUUCCAUGUUCUACACCAGUAUUAUUGGGAAGGCCAUUCUUAAAGACAACUAGAACUAAGAUAGAUGUUCAUGAGGGAACUUUGACCAUGGAGUUUGAUGGUGAAGUGAUUCGCUUUAAUAUUUUUGAGGCUAUGAGGUAUCAAAGUGAUGUUCAUUCAGUUUCUUCAAUUGAUAUUUUGGAUUCAUUGUCACAAAGAAUUCUUGAUUUACAUGGAGAGGAUGGGUUAGAUGUUGUUUUGAGGGAACCAAUAGACUUAGAGAAAGAUGAUGUCACUACUGAAGUAAAGGAGACGAUGGCUGCACUUAAUAGUGGUGGAGAGAUUUCUAAAGAAGUGUUGUACUUAGAGUUGCAUGUUUCUCAUGAGCAACUUCAUUAA